CCAGGAUUGAAGAAUCCUACUCGAUAGUGUAAACUCCUACUGACGGCAAAAUCAUGAACACAACAUCACCACACUGAUGUAAACAAAUUGUUUUGUAACUCAGCUGGUACACGGUCGGACGAAUCUGUCGAAGUUUUUCAGGCGUAAAAUACACUUGUGGGACGGCUUUUGGUAGACGCAAAACCAUGGCCACGCUAUUGCCCAAACCGGUCGACCCGGAAGAGGCAGCCAAGCGGGAGAAUGCGGCCAAAACGGAGGGUGUGUUUUUUCCCGGAUCCGACCUAGACGAGGUGGCUAAACAUUUCAUAGGAAACAUUCACCGUUAUCGAGAAAAUAUUAUCAUACCGAAAAUGUACGGAGUGGUGCAGAUAAAAACCAACGAAGAAAAGCUCGUGGAAGCCGCCUUCGAAAGCUGUGCGUUCAAAUCGUUCAUGAGCUGUGUGUUGGGGUACGGUUUGGGUGCGGCCAUUGGUCUGUUCAGCUCAUCGGUCAAUCCCAGUAUUGCCGAUCCUAUGGCGGGCGAAAAGCAACAAACGGCGAGGGAAAUUUUUCGCGAAAUGCGUCAAGCUACGCAUUCGUACGGCAAAAAUUUUGCCGUCAUCGGGGCAGUGUUUGCGGCCGUCGAGUGUGCAAUUGAAUCGAAACGUGGCGUCUCGGACUGGAAGAACGGAACCUAUGCCGGAGCCGUAACGGGAGGAUUGAUUGGCUUGCGAGCUGGAGUGAAAGCUGGAAUAAUCGGUGCAGCUGGGUUUGCCGCAUUCUCCACAGUUAUAGAUUAUUACAUGCGACACAGAUAAGUGUUCGAUGGAAGAGUGUGGCUAAGAGAUCAUAAUUAUAGAAUCACAGGCACACCAUAUUGUCUGAUAACAUUAAAGUAAAAUAAAAAGUUGUUUAGGUGUAACAAUCCAAGACGAUUUCAUAACAAUAUUUGGGGUGAUCCGGUGGCGUACAGAAACGGCGCCGACUUUCACAAGACAGUACCGGUGCAAAAUCCCAU